CUCCUCCACACACACACACACACACACACACGCUGCGGGAGGGAUUUCUCACAAGAAAAGAACUUGAAAUGUCCCAUUGAAAAGCAGUGGAGGUUCAGCAAAGGAAGGAGAGGGGGAGAGAGAAGAGAAGGGGAAAGGAGGACUGUGUGAAAGGACUGGGACAGCGGGCGAGACAAAAGAGGCUGCGGCGGCUGCGUUGAGUGUCGUGUCCGCCUCGGGAGCUCGAUAACUAGCCUAGCCACCUCUCUGUUUUACCCCCCAUUCUUCCUCUUCUUCUUCAUUUUUGACUGCAAAACAUAUCAGAGCGGUGGGGGGAAGCGCUGAGAGCCGAGCGCCUGCUUUUCUCCUCUUUUUCGAAGUUCCGACGUGAAGCAAGAGUCGAAACCGACACUGGGAGCAUCUUGGAGCUACAUAUUGUUGCUCCGCUCUCCUCUUUCUUUCCUGUGGGGUUGGCGAUAAACCAGAACAAAGGGAGUCUUGAGGUGGGAAUGAGGCGAGCCGAGACUAGCUAGCUUUAGCCUGCCACUGAAACGAGGCCAAAUGCACUUCUGAGAUCCACAAUAGGCUCAAACUCUCUCUUUACUGCAGCAGCAGCCACAGAAAACAGCUACAACAACAACACUGGAAGAAGGAGAAGAGUGCUGAAACACGACGAACCGUCACCCACAAACAAUGUUUCCUCAGAAUCGACCCCCGGCACCUCUUCAGCCACCCCCUGGGUCCUCAGCCUCAGCUGCAGCAGCUGCGGCCGCCGCCGCCGCCGCUGCGGCUUCUGGGACGGCCCAGUCUCUGAAGCUCACCUACCCUGAGACGCUGGACCGCAUCAAAGAGGAGUUCCAGUUCCUGCAGACCCAGUACCACAGCCUAAAGCUGGAGUGUGAGAAACUGGCUACAGAGAAGACAGAAAUCCAGAGGCACUAUGUGAUGUACUACGAGAUGUCCUACGGCCUCAACAUCGAGAUGCACAAACAGACGGAGAUUGCUAAGCGGUUGAACGUGAUCUGUGCACAGCUCAUCCCUUUCCUCUCACAGGAGCACCAGCAGCAGGUGGUCCAGGCCAUGGAACGCGCCAAACAGGUGACUAUGGGGGAGUUGAAUGCAUCGAUAGGGGUACGUGGACUCCCCCCUCUGCCUCCCACACAACAGCUGCAGGCUCAGCACCUCUCCCAGCAUGCUGCACAGGGUCUACCCAUGGCCCCUCACCCGUCAGGCCUGCCCCACCCUGGCCUGGCUCUGGGGGGCAGUUCUGGCCUGCUGGCCCUAUCUGGGGCACUGGGAGCCCAGUUGGCCGCCAAGGACGAGAGAGCCCAUCUGGAGGCUGUAGCAGCGGCAGCCGCGGCUGCAGAGCACCACAGAGACUGGCUACGGGGACAUGGGCCUGCUCUGCUCCACACAGAUCGCGAGGCUGGACCAAGCUCCUUAUCAAAUGGAGACAAAGGCAGGCCGUCAGACUACCUCAGCAAUGGCAAGAAAAGAAAAGCAGAUGAGAAGGAGUUCACAGACUACGGUAGCGAUGCAGAUAAAAGUGAUGAUAACUUGGUGGUGGAUGAGGACCCCUCGUCUCCACGGAGCGUUCACUCUUACUCUUCAAGAGAGAACGGUUUAGAUAAGCUUCCUCCUUCCCGAAAGGAGCCCCUGCCCCAGGCCAGUCCCACAUCCCUUGCCUCUUCAAGCAGCGCUGCUUCACCGUCCCGCAGCAAAGAGCCUCCUCCGAGAGAGAAGUCCAGUACUCCAGUGCUGAAGCCAGGUACACCUAUGUCCCAAGACUCGUCCACCCCAGGCCCCAGUGGCCCACCCCAGUUUCGCCCUGUCCCAGGCAAGCCAGGUGUGGACCCUCUCGCUCUGGGUCUGAGGAACCCGUUGGCUGUGCAGGGAGCAUAUCCUACAGGGGCUUUUGGCCUUCCUCCUCCAGGGGUUAACGGAGAGCUGGCGGGGGCUGCAGGGUAUGGAGCUGGUCUGCACCUCGUCUCCCCUCACAUGAACGGAUCUGCGGCUGCUGCCGCUGCCGCCGCUGCUGGAUAUGGACGCUCACCUGGGGUGGGCUAUGAAUCCCCUCACCCCCACAUGAGGGUCCCGGGCCUACCUGCUAGCCUUCAGCCAGCGGCCUCAGGAAAGCCUGCCUACUCGUUCCAUGUGAGUGCGGAUGGGCAGAUGCAGCCGGUGCCCUUCCCUCCUGAUGCCCUCCUGGGCCCUGGCAUCCCUCGCCACGCCCGCCAGAUCCACACCCUCAGCCACGGAGAGGUGGUGUGUGCAGUCACCAUCAGCACCUCCACGCGGCACGUCUACACCGGCGGCAAAGGCUGCGUCAAAGUAUGGGACAUCAGCCAGCCGGGCAGCAAAAGCCCCAUGGCCCAACUGGACUGUCUGAACAGGGACAACUACAUCCGCUCCUGCAAGCUCCUCCCAGAUGGACGGACAUUGAUAGUUGGAGGUGAAGCCAGCACUCUGUCCAUCUGGGACUUGGCUACGCCCACUCCACGCAUUAAGGCAGAGUUGACGUCCUCUGCUCCAGCUUGCUACGCCCUGGCCAUCAGUCCAGACAACAAGGUGUGCUUCUCGUGCUGCAGCGACGGCAACAUCGUAGUGUGGGACCUGCACAACCAGACGCUCGUCAGGCAGUUCCAGGGCCACACAGACGGAGCCAGCUGUAUUGACAUCUCCAACGACGGGACUAAACUGUGGACGGGGGGUCUGGACAACACAGUGCGCUGCUGGGACCUGAGAGAGGGCCGGCAGCUCCAGCAGCACGACUUCACCUCACAGAUCUUCUCUUUGGGCUACUGUCCUACAGGGGAGUGGCUCGCAGUGGGCAUGGAGAGCAGUAAUGUAGAAGUGCUGCACGUCUCCAAACCAGACAAAUACCAGCUGCACCUGCACGAGAGCUGUGUGCUCUCUCUAAAGUUUGCCUACUGCGGUAAAUGGUUUGUAAGCACAGGUAAAGAUAAUCUACUGAACGCAUGGCGAACUCCUUAUGGCUCCAGCAUAUUCCAGUCGAAAGAGUCAUCAUCAGUCCUCAGCUGUGACAUCUCCCCUGAUGACCAGUUCAUCGUGACCGGCUCCGGAGACAAGAAGGCCACUGUGUAUGAAGUCAUUUACUAAAACAAAUGCAGACUGGACAGUCCCUCAUCGAGAGAAGUGCUAAGCGGACGGCAGAGCGGAAACCAAGAAUCGCCUUUGAUUUGGCCAGUGACUCGCGCAGCAGAGCAGUGGGACACAGACUUGGAAAAAGCUCAUACUUUUUUUUUUUUCUUUUUUUUUUCCCCUCCCUGACUUCCAUUAGGGGCAGGCGUAGAGGGGAGACAGUGGAGCUCCAGAACAGGACUGACCUUGUUGUUUUUUUAAUGCUGUGAGAAAGCUGGUAGUCUAGCUUCAGAGACAUGGGAUUCCUCCAAAGACCUCUCCUUUCCUUUUUUGUUUUUCCUUUUGUUCUUUUUUUAACAAGAUGAAACCUCUGUAGUGAAUGAAAUAGCAAAGAAAUUCUUUUUUUUUUUUUUUCUUUCUUUUUUACAUUCUCUUUCCAUGUGGAAAUGGACAGUGGGGGAGCAGCAGUACGCUGAGCAGGUUUGGGCCGGUUUCAGAGGAAGGACUAAAGACUGCGGCCAUUUCUCUGCCCUCUUCAUCCAGUCUGUGCUGAGCCUCUUGAGACUCGGCUCAUCUCAGCUGUGCAGCUUGGCGCUUCAGACAGAUCCAAAUGGCUCGAAUUCAGCAGCAGUAUGAUUGUGUAAUGAUAAGAUGACAGUCCCAUCUAGGGUCGUGAUUUUAAUAUUCUACGAUUUCAGGGAAAUGGCUGUAUCGACACUCCACAUUAGCGCGUUUUCUCGUGUAUACUGUAUGUUGGGUCACAAUGAAAAGUAUUUUGACUUUCGUUGGAUACUUCUUAUGUAUGAACUGUAAAUAAAGCUCCUUAAAAGCAAAACAAACCAAAACCCAGUUUAA